UAGACAGAUACACUGCGGCAGCAGCAGCAGCAGAAGAAGAAUUAUUUAGUGAGAGAGAGAGAGAAAGAGAAUGGCAGGGAGUGGGGGAAGAGGAGGAGGACAAGCUCAUUCACAUUCAUGGAAGCUGAAAAAAGCAGCGAGGAAGAUUGUACAAACAUGCGGCUCUUUCUCACGCAAAGACUCCCCUGCCCCUGCUGCCAUCAACGAUCCCCUUUCCCUCCACUCUCCUCCAUCUUCAUCGCCAUCUCCUAGUGUCGUUGUUCCUCCUGUUCUCACGUUGCAGGCAUUUUCGCGCUCAUCAUCCACUAAUAUUAUUUUUCCUGCUCCGAAGGCAAGGAAGGCAGCUAGCAGUAGUAGUGAUAAAAUGUCAGAAUGUGGUGUUGCUGCAACAGAAGCACGAGCAGAAGAAGUGGCUUAUUAUGCCACCCAACCUCCUUCUUCCUCUACCACAAAGAAUCUGUGUGCAAUAUGUCUUGAUCCUCUGAAUUACGGCAUCGGCACUACUAGCCCAUGCCGAGCAAUAUUCACAGCCCAAUGCUCUCAUGCGUUCCAUUUCGCCUGCAUCUCCUCCAACAUCCGUCACGGUAGUGUUACCUGUCCCAUUUGUCGUGCUCACUGGACACAGCUGCCUCAUAGCUUGAAUCCACCACCUUCUUAUCCAUAUUCUUUCAACCAAACUGACCCAAUUCUCCAAAUCCUUGAUCACUCCAUUGCCACUUUCCGGGUCCAAAGACGAUCCUUCCUGCGCUCUGCUCGGUAUGAUGAUGAUGACCCCAUUGAGCCCGACUACGGGCCGCCUAAUCAUCCCCGUCUCCGCUUCACCCUUGUGCGUGUGCCGCCGCUGACUCAGCACCCCUGUCACCCGUCUUGCUCACAUCAUUAUUUGCAAGUGACCAGACCAGGUUCAUCACGUCGUGGUUCCCAUAUUGGAAUUGCUUUGCCACAACCACCUCGCUCUAGCAUCAGCAGUAGCUCUUAUUCUCCAUUAGCAGCAGCAGCUCCGGGAACUACCGUCGGCCAAUAUUUUGGUGCCCCAGAUAGACGAAAACCUCAUUAUCCGUGUUCCACUAAUAGAGCAUAUCUCUCAGUAACAUUAGCACAUCAGCCAGCAACUGACUUGGUCUUGGUUGCGAGUCCCAAUGGACCUCACUUGAGGCUUAUAAAGCAAGCCAUGGCAUUAGUGGUUUUCUCGCUUCGACCCAUGGAUCGGCUGGCCAUUGUCACCUAUUAUUCUGCCUCCUCUGCAGCAAGAGUGUUUCCACUAAGGCGUAUGACAUCCCACGGAAAGAGAACGGCAUUGCAAGUCAUUGACCGCCUUUUCUACUCGGGACAUGUAGAUCCAACCGAAGGGCUAAGAAAAGGGGUAAAGAUACUUGGCGAUCGUGCCCACCAAAACCCCGAGUCUUGUAUUUUGCACCUAUCUGACAAUCCAAUGACAACAAGAUCCUAUCAUCAGGUUCAGCAGAUUGAUGAUGAUGAUGAUGAUGAUAUGAAAGCAGCGUCGUCGUCAUCCUCGUCCAUUCCAAUCCAUCGGUUUCAUGUGGGAUUCGGCUUUGGCACCACCUCAAACGGAUUGGUAAUGCUUGAAUUCGAAGAGUUCCUGGGCAGAGUAUUAGGAGGGGUGAUCAAAGAUAUCCAGUUGAGGAUUAGUAUUAUGAAUGGUGAAGAAGAAGAAGAGCCCUCUUGUAGGAGGAGGAUGGUGAGGCUUGGAGAAGUAAGAGGGGGCGAGGAGAGGAGAAUCCCAUCAGUUCUAGGCAAGUCGGGGCAUGUUUCUGUGGAAUAUAGCUAUAGUGAGUACUGUGGGGUUGAUGAUGAUGAUGAUGAGUACUGCUGUACUAGGACAGGGGAAACAGUAGUGGGAAUAGGGGGGGAUGAACAUGAAAGAGAGAGAGUAGUCGAUGAUGAUGAUGGCAAUGGAACCUUUGCCUUUGCCUUUGCCUUUGCCUUUGCGAGCGGCAGCAGCAGCGAACAAGCUGGUUGGGGGCAUAAUAUUGUUUACCACCAUCAUGAUCCUUACAGGGCAAGAAGAUGGGCCAAACUUCUGCAUGCGUAUAGGCUCUGAUGAACAAACAAACAAAUCCCACUUCAAAUUUUGCUCUUACCAACUGCUACUUGCUAUCGAUCGGCGCCUCCUCCUGUUUUCCCGAAAAAUGACCCAAUUAUGCUCCCAAGAAUCAAUGGAUCAAUAUAAUUAAUAUAUUAUCUUUGUUCCCAGAAGAAGUACACUUUUCUAUACAUCUAUUUGUGGCCAAAGAUUUCAAAUCUCUAAUCCUCAAGGAAGGGUGGCUCAUCUCUCCUAAUAAUUAUGAGAUUUUAACUUUAUGCUCGUUAACGUGAAUAAUUUUUUUUUUUUUAUAAUUUCUUAACUAUUUAUGAAAGAAAAUCAAAUGCUAGCUUUGUCAUCGUGCUUAUUUUUGAAACAUA